AUGUCUGGCCCCCUCGUCCCGCUCACCGUCAUCAAAGGCGCCGGUCACGAGUUCAUUCCUCUUCCUCAGGGCGAGAACGCAACAGUCGCCGACUUCCACACCAUGCGCACACAAACCAAGGACACACCAUCAUACUUCACAUCCGGCUUCUACAAGAUCGAAGCCGGCCCCGCCAGGCCUGCGUACUACACCUUUGAGGAGACGAAGUACAUCCUCAAGGGGCAGAUCGACGUUCUGGACGUUGCUACAGGCGUCCAGCACCACCUCGUUCCUGGCGACUUUGCCUUCUUCCAUGUUGGCUCCAAAGUCGAGUUCUCGACCAAGUCCGCUGGCCUCGCUUUCUACGCUGUUACAAGGCCGGUUAAGACGCCUCACCCGAACUUGAAGAACAGGGAGGAGGAGGAGGGCAGGAACAAGAGUUCGAAGUUGUAA